CGGCCAUGGUCUGGAAGAAACUGGGCUCCGGCAACUUCUCCAGCUGCCCCAACGGCUCCCUCGAGUGGAUAUGGGAUGUGUUUGGCGAAUGCGCCCAGGACGGCUGGGACGAGGCCAGCGUAGGCCUGGGCUUGAUCUCCAUUCUCUGUUUUGCAGCAUCCACCUUCCCGUGAUACAUCAAGGCCUGCAAGACGAGCAACAUGGACUCCAGGCAGCUGUCUCUGUGGUUCCUCCUGGGCUGGAUGGGUCAAUCCCCACUGCAACCCCUCUCGGCUCCUUCCCUCGCCGACCAGCUUCCCUUGCAGACCUACACGGCGGUAUAUUACGUACUGGCGGACCUGCUGAUGCUGUCACUGUACUUUCAUUACAAAUUUAAGAAACGCCCCUCGCUGUUGUCUACCCCCAUCAAUUCUCUGCUCCUGUUCAUUUUGGCAAUGGUGUGUACCACCCCACUGCUGAGGAGUGCUGGCCCCGUGACUGCCCCGAGCGAAGUCUUCCGGGGGCGGACGCUUCUGUCAGUGGAGCCGGGCAGUAAGCCCUUCACUCGGCAGGAAAUCAUCGGCUUCGUCAUCGGCUCUGUCUCCAGCGUGCUGUACCUGCUCUCCCGGCUGCCUCAGAUCCGCACUAACUUCCUGAGGAAGUCGACCCAGGGGGUCUCCUAUUCGCUGUUUGCGUUGGUGAUGCUGGGGAACACGCUGUACGGGCUGAGCGUGCUGCUCAAGAACCCCGAGGUGGGUCAGAGUGAGGGCAGCUACCUGCUGCACCACCUGCCCUGGCUCGUGGGCAGCCUGGGCGUGCUGCUGCUGGACACCAUAAUUUCUAUCCAGUUCCUGGUGUAUAGGAACACGGCCACCUCCGCGGAGCGCCAGCCCCUGCUCCACAGUUGACAGGGACCCAGGCCGAGCCCAGGACAAACCGGGACCUCCAGAUGCCACACCCAGGAAGGGACAGCUGUGGGCAGACACGGGGCUGCUGACCGUGGACUGGAUCGUGGAGGAGGCUGGGGGUGCCUUGAGCUCCCCGCCCAGCUGCCUCCCCACCCACCU